AUGGCUACCAUCUCCCUAGAACAAAACCUCAGCCCUAGGAUCACCCCUGAAGAACCCCAACAACGAAUCGUAACCGUUGAAAUCCCAGGCCUCAUCCGGGUCUUCAAGGACGGACACGUGGAGCGGCCCCAUCUCGUGCCAUGUGUCCCACCCUCAUUGCCCCCCGAGCAUGGAGUGACGUGCGGGGAUGCCACCAUCGACGAGCGCACCUCCGUCUGGGCCCGCAUUUACCUCCCGAGAGCGGCCCCCCAAUUGCUCCCUCUGCUCGUCUACUUCCACGGCGGCGGAUUCUGCGUGGGCUCCGCCUCCUGGGCCUGCUACCACCAGUUUCUCGGCAAGCUGGCCUCCGCCGCCAACUGCGUAGUCGUGUCGGCGGAGGAGGAGGGCUCCAGCUGGUGGGCCAGCCGGUGCGACUUCAAGAGGAUCUUCCUGGGCGGGGACAGCGCCGGCGGGAACAUAGCUUGCCACGUGGCGCUGCGGCAGAGGCCGGCGGAGGUCAGGGGGCUGAUUCUGAUACAGCCUUUCUUCGGCGGGGAGGAGCGGACCGCCUCGGAAAGGCAGGCGUCGGGGUCCGCCCUGACGCUGGCGGCGGCCGACGCGUACUGGCGGAUGGCCCUGCCGGAGGGGGCAAAUCGGGACCACCCAUGGUGCAACCCUGCGGCGCCGGACGUGGAUGUGCUGGUGUGCGUGUCCGGGAUGGAUAUAUUGAGGGAUCGGAAUCUGGAGUUUCGCGGGCGGAGGGUUGAGCGCGUGGUCUACGAGGGCGUGGGCCACGCGUUUCAGAUAUUGGACCGCUCGCCUUUGGCUCAAAUCCGAGCUCGUCACAUGAUUUGUCGUAUAAAAGAUUUUGUUGCUAUGUGA